AUGAAUUUGCGUCAGUUUAAAGUAAAGUGGAUUUGGACACAGCCUAGAGAAGAAGUAUGUCUUUUUUCCUCGGCAUUAGAUGGACGCGUUACUCAGUGGCAUUUGCAUAAUAAUAGCCUCGUCCAUAUCAAUAUCUUAGACUUCAAAAACUACGAGUUGCUUGCGAAACCCCUUCCACCCCCGGAGAAAAUAACUCUAGAAGGACUGGUGACCUGCAUAGCAUUCUGUCCGAACACCGAACAUGUGAUUCUAGUGGGCGUGGACACGGGUGCUUUAUACCAGUGUUCCAUAGUCUGCUCUGUUCACACUCUGGUUCGCUAUUCUGCUCAUACCUCACCAGUUAGGGGACUUGCUUGGAACAGUCAUCACAGCCAGAUAUUUUUAUCUUGCUCAGUUGACUGGACGGUAAAGGUCUGGCUGCAACACAAAAUGACGCCCCUCAUCAUUCUAGACCUUGGAGCUGCUGUUGCAGCCGUGACAUGGUCACCGUAUAGCAGCAGUGUAUUUGUAGCUGUCACAGACGAUGGCCGUGUACACGUGUAUGAUCUUUUUGUACGUAAAUGUAAGCCACUUUGCGUGCAAACCCUCGUUCAGCGACGGCGGGUGGUUACUGUAUGUGUGGCAUUUAAUCCUUUUCAUCCUAUCAUACUCGUCGGCGGUGAGAAAGGUUACUUAGCAUCCCUCAAGCUUUCUCCAAAUCUGAGGAGGUCACACAGAGACUCCAAAGGACCCGAUCCUCAGGAUCUAAAGGAGAUAGAGUUAUGCAAGAUGGAAAGACUCAUUGCUACAAGUAAUAAAGAUUAGAAAGUGCAACAUGAAGGAGUGUUUGGUCUAUGUUUUCUGGUAUAUUUGAUAUAUGCUUUAGAUACAGUGCCGUUUGUUUGCCAAAACAAACAAACUAAUAUAAAGAAUUAUUUUUUGUUCAAAUGUGCCAGAUAGCAAUAUCUUAAAGACGGUAUAACUGGCAUCGGAAUAUAUAUGUACAAUAAAGUCUAAUUUCAUAAACCAAAAUAGCUUCCGAAGUCGGACCUGUCUGUUUGCUGGGUGUAAUUACGACCGAAAAUUUGGUUGAACCGUUCUCCUUUAUUUAUAAUUCAUAUUUAUGAAUUCGGAAAAUAUGCACUGCAUACAUGAUCAGUGAUUUCCAUAAUGGCCAUAUCAUUUGUGCCAUAUCAUAUCAUCUUUAAACCAGGACUGAUUAUGGUUUUCAUAUCCAAUCGUUUUAGUUCUAUAUUAUGGUAGAUUAAUGUUACAUUAUUAAUGAUAAAGCAAUAAUAAUAGCAAUAAUAACAAAUGAAGUUAUAUGAAGGUGGAAAUUGUAAAAGACAGCAUAAUGAGGAUUUUUUUUUACAAAACUGUGGCUAACAAACGCAGCUCUGAAUGAGGCAAGGUGACCUACCUCAUUCAUUGCAAGCAGAUUAGUUGCUAAGUGGCUAAAAUCCAAACUUAAAUCAUAGUUAGCAAAUUUAAUAAUGCAGAUUUUCUCUGUAAAGAAUCCUGAUUUUAAAGAUAAGAUUUAUAUCUGCGUUUGAAUAUUAUAUUAUAUAUUAUUGUAAGUUGUCACAAAUUGUUUAAAUCGAGUCAUUAAUUUUGGAUAAUCAUUUACAUACACAAACAGGGUAACAUGAAAUUUCUUUAAGAGAGCUUAAUGUCAGGUCUAAACCAAAGAGCUCUUUCACAUUGUAACGAACUACAUCGAAAAUGAUUGGACUGAUGGAUAAUUAAGACAAUUUACAUUCAAUGUUCAUUUAGGAAAGGGUGUUUUCUAUUGCGCUAGAUAUAUAUAUUUAAAAAAAUCAUCGUCUUACAGGUUUUGGUAAGGCGUCACAAAAGAAGAAAAUCAACUUCAUUCCUAAAUCUUAGUUGUUGUAGAUUGAAUUUCAUUCAGAACGAACAGUGAAUCUUUGAUACACAUUAAAUGUUAGAAAAAACUAGUUCAUUGUAAUUUCUUAUCUCACUAAAUAAUGUAUAUCGUAUAACAAGGUUAAACGAAGUGAACUGAC